AUGGUCGGCGCUGCGGCAGGGUAUAGAAUUCAGGGUGGCGAUGUGCAGGCAGUGCUCGGCAACGCCACCCGUCGUGGGGAUCGCCCAGAGCCAGUGAGCCUGAUGGCAACUCGUCAUCCGGCUAAGUUCUUUGCCUACGAGACGUACGUUUUCCAGACGUCACCCCAGGCCGACAGUCUCAUGCAGCAGCUCAACGCGCAGGUGGAGUGGACUGCGUUCUUGAGAGACUUGAAUGUCGAAUUGCAGUCGUCAGAUCAAAUCGCUCAAAACACCCGCGGCAAGCAUUUGGCAGCACGGUUCAACUCAGACACCCAUGCGCAGGGGAAGCUGCAGGGGUGGAAGGUGACGUUCUAUUCGCGAUUCACCAGGACUGAAGGUGGGUUGCAAGGUGGCGUGCAUUUUGACGGGAACCAUUACCUCGUGGUCGAUCCUGAGUCGAACAAUCGGUUCUACGAGAAGCAUCAGGUGACGGACUGCGCGGUGCUGGAGUUGGGCGCUCAGUGGGCUCCCGCCGCCCUGGUGCUGGUCUGGGUCUUCGGCGUCCUGGCCCGCAUCGUCGUGGGCCCAGCCACGCGGAAGGAGCUCAGCGACAUCAUGGAGAUAGAGGCGAGCGCUCAGCAGGAGUCAGACGGCAAGAUCUGGUACCUCCUGAGCCCGGACCUCGACGUCUACCCAGUGCUGGUGGACGCCCCGGACCUGCGCGGGUACGAGCUUCUGGACAACGACGGGAGCGUGCUGUUGAGGUCUGGGCUCCGCCGGGGCGGGAGACCGGUGUACGGCUCCGAGUGGGAGCCCACCGCGCUCGAGCUGGUGGACGCGAUGGAGGCGGUGUCCCCGCAGCGCCAGCCCGAGCGCAGGAUGAUGAAGAAGGGUCCGCUUCCUCCGACGGAGACGGCAGCGCAGACACCUACGGAUUUGGUGAAUAUAGUGACUGGGAGUGACCGGCUCCCCGACGUGAAGCCGCUGCGCUGGUACGUCACGGCCGGGCCCAACAAGUCUGAGAUCGACGGCCUCUUCCCCCACACCACUGUGGACGAGUUCGCGCGCUCGGACGACGUGGCCCUCGCCGUGGUCGGCACUGGCGUGUACACCCUCAGGGCCCUCGACCCGAAGGACGGCGUGGUGCAGGUGGUCCGCGACGAUCGCUUGCUAGCGCUGGCGAAGGACAGCAGCGGGAUCCGCAAGAAGCUGUUCAGGGACGCGGUGCAGGAGGUCACGGAGAGCCCGUGGCCGGGGUGGCCGCUCCUGGGCCCGCGGACGGCGGCCUGGUGCGUCCGCUUCAUCGCGGAGCAGGACAGCCACCCCCGGGCCCGCAACACCAAGUGGCUGCACGAGACAGGGCUCACACAGGCGGACCCGGGGGUGGCUGAUCACGAAGUUGCCAUGCGGGCCUUCGAGUUCGGGCUCGUAUACGAUCAGGUGAACGUGGGAGAGCUUGUAAGCUUCGAGCUCCUGGCCCGGCGGGCGCAGAUGGCGGAGUGGCGCUACCGCGACCGCCUAGCGCCCCGCCGGGCCGACGAGACAGCGGAGGACGAGCACCUCUACAUGGGCACCGGAGAGACGAGGGGCCUCAUCAUGAUGGCCCCGUUCCUGGUGGAGCACAUCUCUACGGAGCUGCACCGGGAGAGCCAGGUGAUGAAGGAGAAGAGGAAGUUGAGGGAGGAGCGCCAGCUCGCGAAUGGCACGGGCGCCGACGGCGAGACGAAGGACGCCCUUCGCAAGAAGGUCGAGAGUCAGGCGCCCCCCGGCAGCGACGGGCGUCUUGGCUCGUGCUGUCGAACGGCGCGGUCUCGGCUACUCCGCCACCGGCACGUCGACGGGUGGAGCAUGGAGGUGCAUCAGGCGCUGAAUUGCCUCCACGGGCGCGGGGGCCCUGGUCCCGAACGCCCGCCCACUCUAGGGCAAAGUUUUGGUUCUGAACACGUUCGAGCUGCUGUUCAAAGCAUCGGGGCUCCUACUACAACCGGCGCGGCAGCCUUCAAGGAGCUGUGCGCCAGCAAGCCCGGCUACUCUUCGAUGCCGGUGAAACCCGCCGCCUUCCAGCGUGACCUCGUCGCGCCGCCCUCGCCCGGUGCCAAGUGCGACGGCGCCAGCAUCCUGCAGGGCGAGGCGCUCAACCUUUGGGAGGAUUGGCAGCAACGGUUGUUGCGGAAGAACCCAGAGGUCUCCGCCGUGAAGCCUCACUGCGACGCGAAACUGAUGCAGAGCAAGUCCAGCUACGCCUCCUUCGUCGCCGACUUGUACGACGCCGUGCUUGUGAAGUUCGGCUCACUACGUGAAUCUACUCUCGGUAUAUUUUUCGCCCCCAAGUCUGAUGGGAAGUUGCGGCUCAUCUUUGACACGCGCUGUGUCAACCAGCUCUUCGAGCCUCCUGCGCACACGGCGCUGCCUACGGCCGGCUGCUGGAAGGGGCUACUCUCGGAGCCGAACGACGAGCUGUGCCUCUCUCAAGUUGACGUGGAGGCUUGUUUUUACCGCAUGCGUGCACCUCCCGGGAUGGAGGAAGUUUUCGUCUUACCUCCGCUGGACUGCGGUGCCCUUCGCCGACUUCGGCCGGACAUCGCCAUCAGCGGGGACCUGACAUGCUCCCCCUUGCUCAUCGUUCUACCCAUGGGCUGGAACUGGUCACUGUUUCUUUACCAAGAGAUGGUCACGCAGUGCGUGCAGCGUGCUGGUUACCCGCCGUCCCGUAUCAUUGCAGACAAGCGGGCGACUCCCUCCCUGGUCGGCCAGACCGCUGCCGCGGUGUAUGUCGACGGAGUCGCAGUGAUUGGCACGCAGAGCGCGCAGACCGUGCAGGACUGUCGCGCGAUCGCCGAAGCCCUCCUCGCGGCGGGCCUGGUCACGAAGGACAUGGAGCUGCCGCAGGACGAGCAGCCGUUCACCAGGCUCAUCUUCGAGAAGGGGUCCGGUCGGAUUUCCCUCUCGCGCAGCCGGAUCUGGAGGAUCCGGCGAGCUUUCCAGUACGCCGCAGAGGCCGACAAGCUCACCGGCGUGCAGAUGCGCAUGCUCCUGGGGCACUAUACUUGGGCGGCCAUGCUGAGGCGGCCGCUGCUGUCCGUCUUCGCCGCCUGCUACUCGUUCGCGGAGAAGGCCGGGGACAUGGCGUGGCGGCCCUGGGCUACUGUACGCCGCGAGCUCAGGCUGGGCGCGGCACUGGCGGCGAUGGCCUUCGUGGACUUGCGCCGGCCUGUCGCCGCCACUGUCCUGGCUACCGACGCCUCGGGCGGCGCCCGGCAGGUCUGCAGUAUUGACCCAGACCUGGCGCCGCCGGGGCUUGAGCCGGCCGCCGCACGCGACUGUGGUGGCUUCGGCGUUGUCAGCCGCGAAGUCUCGCGCUGUGCCGUGGCCGCCGCUCUUCAGCUCAGCGAGAAGUGGAGGCUCAAGACUCUCGACUUUUUGGGGGCCCGGGCAUCAGCGCUCGGUCUCAGAGACGACCCUCGCGGUGCUGCCGCGCAGAAUCAUCCUCCUCCCUCGAAGUAUCACCACGUGCCGCCAUCUGGGAUGGGGGAGUCAGCUAACGAGCCUUCAUCAUCGACGUCGCCACCACAUCGCUACGUCAUCACCUGGAAGGAGGAGCAGAAGUUUUUCGAGAUUGGUAAGAGUAUAUUGGGUUCUCAAGAAGACUGGAAGGUUUGUUUCUAUGGAAGGUUCAACAGGGCCGCCGACAUCGUUAUCCUGGAGGGGGAGGCUCUGGUCAUGGGGGUCCGCCAUUUCGUACGCAACACUGCCAAUCAUGGGCGUCGCCUGCUGCUGCUAUGCGACAACAUGGGGCUGGUGCUCGCGUCGGGUAAGGGGAGAUCUUCGGUGUCGUCGCUUAACCUCGUGCUUCGUCGGCUUGCUGCGAUCUCCAUCUUUGCCAACAUCGAUAUCACAGUGCGGUGGAUCCCUUCAGAGUUGAACCCAGCCGACGCUCCUUCGAGACCCCCUGCAGCCCGGGCUCAGAACGCCCGGCUUGACCUCCGCUCCUUCGGAGGCCGCUCUGCACCGGAGCCCGAGGAUGACUCGCUAUGGCGAGCCGCUGCGGAGGAGCUCGCCGCGGAAGGGCGCCCGCGGCGGCGCGACCCAGGCCUCGCCGGCCUCGGCGACGCCGCGGCGCCCGCGGCACUGGCCGGGGGCUUCGGGCUCCACCGGGGGGGCGUCGGCGUGCAGCCGAACGACUCCUCGGACAGCGACUCGGAGUCGGAGCCCGCGGCCGGCUCGACGGCACGCGCCACCACCCUGGCGCAGCCGACCGGGACCGCGCUCACGUACCUGCAGGAGCGCAAGAUCAGGGCCUCGUCCAACGUGCACUUCGCGACCUCGUACCGGACUUUCGACAUCUGGUGCCAGGCGCACGCCGUGCCGGUUCAGAACGCCAGCGAGAUCGACAUGGCCAUCAGCGAGUACAUGGACGUGCUCUACUUCGACGGGAUGCCGUCGGACGUCGCGUCGAAGACGAUCGCGGCCGUCCGGCACUUCCGCCCCGCGGCGGUGGGCGAGGCCGAGCUGGCGGCGGUCUUUUGCCUGAUAGGCCUGGCGAUGCUGGACGGCGGGUCGGAGUUCGCGGAGGCCCUCAGCCUGGCGUGGGACACCGCCCUCCGCCUACCAAGCGACCUGAUGCAGUUGCGAAGUCCGUCCCUCGUGCCGCCGCAGCCCCGCAUGCACAUCGGCGAGUGGAGCCUGCUGCUGUACCCAGAGGAGACCGGCCUGCGCAGCAAAGGGAAGCAGUUCGACGAGGGGGUCCAGCUCACGCCAGCGGGCUCAAAGGCCCUCGGCCCUGUCCUGGCGCGCCUGCGGGAGCGCCCAGCCCAGGCGCCCCUGCGGGCCCUCGACGCCAGGCGUUUCGGCCAGCUCUUCAGGAAGUACGCGGAGAUGAUCAACCUGAAGGACCCGCACCCAUACCGGGUGCGACACGGCUCAGCAAGCUGGGACAUCGCCAGCGGGACGCGAAGCCUCGAGGCCGUGCAAGCCCGCCUUCGGCACGCCAGCGCGACCAGCACCCAGCGGUACAGCCGGGCAGCCCGGUGCACCGCGGAGCUCGCGCUGGCGCCGGAGUCGGUCAAGACCUUCGGCGCCGCGGUGGCGGACCAGUGGGCGCUGACGCUCCGAGGCCGGAGCCGCCUGCCGCCCCGCCCGCGGCGCCCCGACAAGCCGUGCCGGACGUCCCCGGGGCUCAAGACGGUGGCAGCAGUUGCGCUGCUGGGUGAGGCGAUGUCCUCCAAGGAGCCCACAAGGACGCGCCAAGGGGACGAGUUGUCCUACAGGCCCAAGGGCGCCAGGGUGCGCCGCGCCGCCAGCGGCCCCCUGGUGGAGGACGCCGCCGUGCAGCACGGCAGGCCAGCGCUGAUGCGCCGCGCCGCCGCAGGCCCGCUGGUGGAGGGCUCCAGCAGCGGUGCUGCGGCGGCCUACGAGGACCCCGAGGCUCACUACGGCGGCGGUGGAGCGAGAGGUGGAGGCGCCGCCAGGGAGGCGUGGCCGAGCUUCGUCGGGGGCGGCGCCCCAGCUGGCAGCACCAGGCCGCCGCCGCAGGCGCAGGCCCCGGUGCCCCGAGACGCCCAUGGCCGGCCCGACUUCAGCAGGCACGCGGCGGCGGGCGCCCACCAGGCCCCUGGGUCGCCGAUGGAGCCCCCGCAGCCGCGCUACGUGGAGUUCGGGCGGGCCCUGAACGCGGGCUUCCGGGAAGGCUUUCGUGAGCCCCCGGCGCGGCCGCUGGGCGCAGGGUUCCAGGACGCCCAGGCCGUCUCUGGCUACGCCAUGUGGUUGGCAUGGGAGGGAUCGAACCUGGCUCAGCACGCGCAAACCACCAAAGAAGAUUGCAUGGGCGUGGAGAACGUGUCUUAG